GUGUAUUUUUUAACGGAGCAAUGUUUGACAAAACAUACAUACACAUACAUAUGUAUACGUAUUGUACGCAUGUACAUAUUGAGAAUUCAUCUAUUUAUUAAAAAAAGGUACUCGAAUAUGGAUCGUAUUUUGCCGUACUUUCAGCACUUAUCGCAUAGUAAGUUGUGAUAGUGUGAUCUCUUGUUUCUAAGAUGUUUAAUGAAAAGGUAACAGCUUUCAAGUUUUCGGAUUUACGAAUAACACAAGCAAGAAACUUUCGUUACCCCUUAAGGCUUACUUCCACCAACGGCGUCGUAAAAAGGAAAUUGUGUACAACCAAGCCACCAGGUAAAGAAACGGCAUGUGAUGACGCAGAAGAAGUAAAUAAUCAAGCUAUUCAGGAUGAAUCGGAAAAUCUCAAUAAAAAAACCAGUGAUGCACAUAAUAAAAAUAAAAUACAUUCGAAGGAAGCGGCUAUUGGAAAAAUUUUUGCUAUAAUAGGUCCCGUAGUGGAUGUAAUUUUUGAAGAAAAUGUACCAGAUGUUAUGAAUGCAAUGGUUGUCCCAGAAUAUCCUAAUGGGAAAUUAGUUCUGGAAGUUUUUCAUCAUCUCGGUAAUGGUAUAGUGCGUUCCGUAGCAAUGGACAGCACAGAGGGUCUACGUAGGGGACAAAAAGUUAUAGAUACCGGAUAUCCAAUCAGAGUGCCAGUAGGAAAGUCAUGUCUAGGUCGGAUUUUGAAUGUUGUUGGAGAUCCCAUUGAUGAACGUGGUCCCAUCAAAUCGGAUUAUCAUUCCUUCAUACAUGCAGAACCACCGGAAAUGAUUGAAUUGAAUGUGAACCCCACAUUACUCGAAACUGGAAUUAAGGUAAUUGAUCUCUUGGCACCAUAUGUAAAAGGAGGGAAAAUUGGCCUCUUUGGGGGCGCCGGCGUUGGUAAAACGGUUCUUAUAAUGGAACUAAUCAACAAUGUUGCUAAAAAACAUGGAGGUUAUUCCGUUUUUGUCGGAGCUGGUGAACGAACUCGAGAAGGAAAUGAUCUAUAUAUGGAAAUGAUUGAAUCUAAAGUAAUUUCAAUAGAAGAUGAUAGUUCCAAAGUAGCUUUGGUAUAUGGUCAAAUGAAUGAGCCCCCUGGCGCACGCUCACGCGUUGUACUAACUGGUCUAACAAUAGCCGAGUACUUCCGUGAUAUUGAUGGUCAGGAUGUUCUAUUAUUUAUUGACAAUAUAUUUCGUUUUACUCAAGCGGGGGCUGAAGUUUCAGCAUUGUUGGGACGCAUACCGUCUGCAGUUGGCUACCAGCCCACUCUAGGUACAGACAUGGGUUCAAUGCAAGAGCGUAUUACGAGCACUACGAAUGGUUCCAUAACUUCAGUACAAGCAGUUUAUGUACCAGCCGAUGAUCUUACUGACCCAGCACCUGCCGCCACUUUUGCGCAUUUAGAUGCCACCACCGUAUUGUCACGUGCUACUGCCGAAUUGGGCAUAUAUCCAGCCGUGGAUCCUUUAGAUUCGACAUCGCGCAUAAUGGACCCAGCCAUUGUAGGCGAAGAACACUAUAAUGUAGCUAGAGGAGUACAAAAGACUCUUCAAUCCUACAAGUCACUUCAGGACAUCAUUGCCAUCCUUGGUAUGGACGAACUUUCAGAAGAUGACAAAUUAAUAGUAGCACGCGCUCGAAAAAUUCAGCGGUUUCUUUCACAACCUUUUCAAGUAGCAGAAGUAUUUACUGGUCAUCCUGGAAUAAUGGUUCCAAUUGAAAAGACAGUAGAAGGUUUUAAAAGUAUUCUAAAUGGUGAAAUGGAUGACUUACCUGAGAUUGCAUUUUAUAUGGUUGGCGAUAUAAAUGAUUCUAUCGCCAAAGCCAAAAAUUUAGCGAUGUCUAUGUCGAUAGAGAAAUAAAUUAUCGAUAUAUUAUAAUUACAUCCAGGAAUGCGACAUAAUUUUAAAAAGAGAACAUUGGAAUAUAUGUGUAGUAACUUAAAAAUAUAUAUGUAUACAUCGUCCCCUGAAAUGCAAAAUAACCUAACAACAUUUUCGGAAAUUUACA